AUGCAUCGAAGCGCCCUUUUCAGCGUUGUCUUGGCCUUCACUGCCCGCGCGGCACAGCCCGGAGCUCUGGACCCGGUCGCUGCGCCGCUACGCGACCUCAACUGGGGCCAGCUCAACUUUCUCCAUACGACAGACACACACGGCUGGCUUGGCGGCCAUCUAUUAGAAGCACAAUAUUCGGCCGACUGGGGCGACUACAUAUCGUUUUCGAAACACCUCCGCAAGCAUGCUGACGGUAAAGGCGUCGAUCUGCUCGUUGUAGACACUGGAGAUCGCAUCGAAGGCAAUGGCUUGUUUGAUGCCUCUACGCCCAAGGGCCUAUUCCAGUAUGAUAUCUACCGCGAGCAGGACGUCGACCUCCUCUGCAUCGGCAACCAUGAGCUUUACCAAACUGCAUCGGCAGAUCGAGAGCUGAAUACGACGGUGCCAAAUUUCAAGGAUAGAUAUAUUGCAUCAAACCUCGAUGUCAUCGACCCCAAAAGUGGCCAGCAGGUGCCGCUGGCCCAGCGCUACAAGAGGUUCACGACCAAGAACCAAGGUAUCGAUAUUCUCGCAUUCGGCUUCCUCUUUGAUUUCACCGGCAACGCAAACAACUCGUUUGUGCAAAAGGUAGAAGAUACCGUCAAAGAGCAGUGGUUCCAGGAUGCCAUCAAAGAGCAAGUUGACGCAUUUUUGGUUCUCGGGCAUGUCGGACUUCGAAUGCCGGAAUUCAAGACGAUAUUCACGGCCAUUCGAAAAGAAAACUGGGACACGCCGAUUAUCUUCUUUGGUGGCCAUUCUCACGUCCGCGACGCUCGAACAUUUGAUUCAAAAUCCAUUGCCAUGGCGUCAGGCCGGUACCUUGAGACUAUUGGCUGGAUGUCUGCGGAUGGCAUCAAGACCACGAAUGCCGACGCCGAGACUGAUGUUAGCAUUACGACUGCCAGUGCCCAAUUUACGCGUAGAUACAUGGACAAUAACCUUUACGGCAUGUACUACCACAGCGGCACGAAUGCCUCGACUUUCGACACGCGACAAGGCAAGCGCGUCACAAAUAUGAUUGCCAGAGCUCGCAAAGCUCUGGACCUUGAUCACAAAUUUGGAUGCGCGCCGAAGACUCUGUGGGUGUCACGCGCCAAAUACCCCAGCGAGGAUAGCAUCUACUCGUGGCUCGAGAACGAGGUGCUUCCCGGCAUUGUUCAACAUCCCAAGCGCAAAGACAAGGCGCGCUUGGCUAUUCUCAACACGGGUGGUAUUCGUUUUGACAUUUUCAAAGGGCCGUUCACUAGGGAUAGCACAUACAUUGUGAGCCCUUUUACUAGCGGCUUCAACUAUAUACCGGAUGUCCCGUACAGCAUCGCCAAGAACAUCAUUACUCUGCUUAAUGGCGCGGAUAAAAUCUUUGCUGAGGCUGGCCGAGAGACAAAAUUUUUGACUAUCCCUCAGCAAAUGUUUACCGGCGAGCAGGAGUCACAACCAGACACUGCGGAGGGUCCCGUCGAAGCUGCCGCGGAGCACGAUGAGGAGUCUGACGCAAACUAUGAACGCCUCGAGCUUCGCAAUACUGUCUACAGUGACGACAACGCCGGUCUUCCUUUGACCGAAGGCUACACAACCGUCGAUGAUAUUGGGAAUGACGGUGAUGACACGGUUCACAAGCGUGUCGAGUUCAACAAUGUCCCGAAUUGUAUCCAGUCAAAGAUUGGCUUCCCUGAGGACGGUAGCGAGCCCGAGACUGUGGACCUGGUGUUCCUCGACUUUGUUCAGCCGUGGAUUGUCAUUGCCCUCAAGUUUUCGGGCGGCACACAGGGUGCCGGGGACGUUCAAAAGUACAUGGACGGCACAUUUACCUACAAGCUUUCGGAGUGGAUUCGAGAGAAUUGGAAGGGCGAUUGCUAA